GUACAAUGCAGCAGAAGCCUCGGCCCAUGCCCCGCAUCGUCGUAUCACUAGCGAUAGGUGCACACCUUUAGUACUACACAUAGCUGUGUUACCGUGUACUUUAAAGAGUAGGUCCGUUUAAACAGGUUUCUGGAAAUCUCAAGCACUCUUUUUAUAUGACAACUUCCUUCCACCGGCUGUCUCCUAUGAAUAAGACCUGCAUCUCAUCCCUUGCUGUUUUCUAAGACUUUCCGCUUUUCACCCGACGUAUCCGUAGAGGUGUGCGGAAACCGGCAACAGGGACCACCUAACUGAAUAUAUUAGCUACCUACGUCAUCCCUGAGAGCUCCCAAGGUUGUCUCCAUCCACCUCUCUCUAGACUGCUCCUCCCAAACGGCUUUCGACGACCACGACCACCACCGACACAUUAAACCCAUCAUGGCGUUCCGACAAGGGAUUAUGCCGCUGCACAUGGUGCAGAAACCCCCAUUCACUGUCGAGGCCCCUGGCUAUAAGCCCGUGGAGGGCGAGACUAUUCCCCGAAGGCACCCAAAGGCAAAGGACGGCCUGCUUGAGCGCCCAGCCCCCGAGGUAGCCACGACCUUCGACCUCCUGAACAGGAGCGCCGAGAAGUAUGCGGAUGAGCCCGCAAUCGGCAGCCGGAAGCUUGUCCGCACCCACAAGGAGAUGAAGAAGGUGCCGAAGGUCGUCGAUGGCGAAGUCAUCGAGGUCGAGAAGGAAUGGACAUACUUUGAACUAUCGAACUAUUCCUAUAUCACAUACCGGGAGUAUGCGACCCUGGCUCUGCAGGUUGGUGCUGGCUUGAGGAAGCUGGGGCUCUCCCCGGGUGAGAAGGUGCAUCUAUUCGCAACUACUAGCGCAAACUGGCUUACCAUCGCACAUGCCUCCUCGUCUCAAUCCUUGACCAUCGUCACAGCCUACGACACCCUCGGCGAGAGCGGCGUCGAGCACUCGCUCGUGCAGACCAAGGCCAAUGCCAUCUAUGUGGACCCGCAUCUCCUCAAGACCGUAGCUAAGCCGCUCAAGACGGCAAAUUCGGUCAAGUAUCUCAUCUACAAUGACGCCACCCACCAGCCCAUCCCCGACGGUCAAAUAGAGUCCUUCAAGUCCUCCAACCCCGAGCUUACCGUACUGUCCUUUGAAGAACUCCGCGCCCUCGGCGAGGCCAACCCUGUCGACCCCGUCCCUCCCAAGCCCGAAGACACCUUCUGCAUCAUGUACACGUCCGGGUCAACGGGCCCGCCGAAGGGGGUCCCCGUCACGCACGGCGGUUUCGUCGCCGCGGUCGCCGGACUCCACGCCGUCGUGGAGGAAACGGUCAGCCACGCGGAAAACGUGCUGGCGUACCUGCCGCUGGCCCACAUCUUCGAGCUCGUCCUCGAGAACGUCGUCGUCUUCGUGGGCGGGACGCUCGGCUACGGCUCUCCCCGCACCCUCUCCGACUCGAGCAUGCGCAACUGCGCCGGCGACAUGCGCGCCUUCAAGCCGACCGUCAUGGUUGGGGUGCCGGCCAUCUGGGAGACGGUCAAGAAGGGUGUGGCAAGCACGGUGGAUAAAUCGGGUGCCCUGACCAAGGCCUUGUUCUGGGGGGCCUUCAACCUCAAGUCCUUCCUCGUGGCCCAUAACCUCCCCGGCCAGACGCUCCUAGACGGGAUCGUAUUCGGCAAGGUGCGCGCCAUGACGGGGGGGAGGCUCCGUUUUAUUGUCAAUGGGGCAAGCGGGAUUUCCGAACAGACAGCCCGCUUCAUGUCUAUGGUCGUGGCCCCCAUGAUGAACGGGUACGGCCUCACAGAGACGUGCGGCAACGGCGCGCUUGGCUCCCCGUUGCAGUGGACCAUGUCGUCGAGCAUCGGGCCCAUCGCCGCGGGCGUCGAGGUCAAGCUCGUGUCACUGCCCGAGCUCAACUACAGCACCUCCACGGACCCGCCGCAGGGCGAGAUCCUCAUCCGUGGACCCGCCGUGUGCGCCUCCUACUACGACAACCCGGAGGAGACGUCCAAGGCGAUGACGAAGGGCGGGUGGUUCAAGACGGGCGACAUCGGCGAGUUCGACGACAACGGCCACCUCAGGGUCAUCGACCGGGCCAAGAACCUCGUCAAGAUGCAGGGGGGCGAGUACGUGGCGCUCGAGAAGCUCGAGGCCGUCUAUCGCGGCUCGCGGUACGUGAACAACAUGAUGGUCUACGCCGACAGCGAUCACGCGCGGCCCAUCGCCGUCAUCUGCCCCAACGAGAAGGAGCUGGCUAGUAAGGCGGCCGAGCUGGGCGUGGGCGAGCAUCGCAUGCACAGCGACGAGAAGGUGCGCGGCGCCGUGCUCAAGGACCUGCUCUCCGCCGGGAAGCAGGCCGGCCUCAGCGGCAUGGAGCUGGUCGCCGGUGUUUUGAUCGUCGACGAUGAGUGGACUCCUGCAAAUGGCCUCGUGACUGCUACGCAGAAGGUCAACCGUAGGGCCAUCAAGGAAAAGUGCGGGAAAGGAAUUAAGGAGACGUUUGGAUCUAGCUAAGUAGGCGAUGGGCGAGGUAAAGCUGGUUGCGCUUCUGUCUCGGUUGGUGAUGUCACUCUCGGUGGAAAGUGACCUGCCGGCUGGCUGGAAUGUUUGGUAACGUAAUGAUUGCAUUGUAUUGUCCUAUUAUUUUCCACUUUGUGUACUGAGCCGGCCGUUUUGGUAGUUGAUUUGAGAAAGAGAGUUGCUGCUGUCGGGGCUACGGCGGGCGGGGGUGGGGAUGCUCGGAGACAAUAUUGACCCGGAGUGGCCAGGGACCCUUGAACAUCAAAAAGUCCCGGGGAUGUGUCUGUGAGGCCGUGGAUCCUCCCUUUCAAACCUACACAGGAGC